GAUGACCGAAGCGGCCAGAUUCUGGGCGUGGCUAUAGCUUUCUUGGUUCCGACUGCCAUAUCAACUGGCCUGCGAGUGUAUACCAGGACCAAAAUCUUGGGCAAUCAGAUUGGUCGUGAUGAUGUAGCCAUGGUAGCGGCCUUCGCGCUGUAUCUCACUUACCUCGUCUGCCAGCUCUGCGGUGUUGCACAUGGAAGUGGGAAGAAGAGGAAACUGUUGAAUGAUGACGAUGCACAAACAGCUUUGAUGUACUGGUUCUUCUGCGAAAUAUCAUACACCCUCGCCACAGCAACAUUGAAGAUUAGCAUCGGUCUCUUCCUCCUCCGCAUCGCCGUUGUUCGAACACAUAUCUGGAUUAUCCGCUGGAUUAUGAUAUUCAAUGUCAUCUUUGCGGUCCCUUACUGCCUUCUGGUCACUUUCCAAUGCCGACCCAUCUCUUUCUGGUGGGAUUUGCAUCCUGAUCAUCAUGGCAAAUGCCUUUCGCCCACCGUCAUCGUUAUCAACACCUACAUCAUCUCCGUACUCAACAGUGUCGCGGACUGGACUUUUGGAAUUCUGCCAUUCUUCAUCGUUAGGAGAUUGCAGAUGAAACGACAGACCAAAGUUUUGGUCGCCAGUAUUCUUGGAUUCGCCGCUUUAGGAAGCACAGCAACAAUCAUCCGCACCCCUUUCGUCCACACCCUCAAAGACUUCAAAGGCGAAUUCCUCUACAACACCUCCGACGUCGCAAUCUGGACGACAGUCGAACUAGGCAUCGGUGCCACCGCCGCAAAUGCCGCUUGUCUACGCCCUCUGCUCUCUCGC